AUGCCUCGAGGUGAACAGUUCACCGAAGAAGAACGUGGCAUGAUGUUGGCGCUUCGCAGCCAUGACAUGAGCUACCCUGCCACCUCUCGUGAGCUUGGACGAAGCCAAAGUGCUGUCUACAACUUCCUCAAGGACCCAACGUCGUACGGGAAGCGAUACAAGCCCAUGAAGUGCGACAAGGUAGUGGGAGCCGAGGCUCGUCAACUCUUUCGCUACGCUUCGACGACGGGUUUGUCGGCCCGAGCAUGCAAAACGGACCUCCAACUCGACGCGUCCCUGCGCACAAUCCAACGACGUCUCAACGAGAACGAAAGGUUUGAGUACGCCAAGCGAUUGCACACGCCGUGCUUGACGCAAGCCCACAAGUCGUACCGUAUGGAGUACGCCGAACGACACCUUGCUGCCAACACGGAUUGGGAUCCAAUCAUUUGGUCCGACGAGAAAAAGUUCAACUUGAUGAGCGUCAUGGUAUGGGGGGCGUUUUCGCUGGCCGGCCGGAGCGAGUUGGCGUUUUUGUCGGGCAAGCAAAAUGCAUUGGCGUACCUCAACACACUCCAAAACUACCUGUUUCCGUUUGCCCACGAGCACUAUGGUCCAUGCAAGAUGGCGCUUCGAUCCACCAAAAUGUCACCGUUUUUCGACCAUCCUGUCUACUCCCCCGAUCUCAAUCCGAUCGAAAACUUGUGGGGGAGAAUGGCCCAAGUGGUGUAUGCCAACGGCAGACAAUUUCGUGAUGUUGGGUCACUCGUUGCCGCCAUCCAGUCGACAUGGGACGACAUCCCACAGCCACUGCUGACAUCGUUGGUGAAAUCGAUGCCAAAGCGCUGUGUUGACGUUCUGAAGGCAAAGGCUUCAACGCUAGAGACCGAGUGCCCCGCUCGCGUUGCUCGCGUUGUUGGCGUGUCCAGCCCUGUGACACUAUCAACAACUGUGUCCUGUGUCCUGGUGGGGCAACGUGGGGUUGCCGUCGGGGUGGAACAAGGCUGCCAACCGAGUGCCCACCUGCUACAGCCGCUGCCCACUGGAUUUGGCCGCUCGUGGACAGCGUGUCCCAUCCCCGUCAACUGCAGUGUCCCGCGUAUCAUUGAUCAAUUGACUCGCACACAAGCCACCACCACAACGACCACAGCCACGCCCGAGCCAUCCUCGACGUCUGUCGCUCCCGCCACCACGUCCAAGCUAACCAUCACACUGACCCCUGACACGACUGCACCAGCCUCCGCCAUGUGUAGCGCCAUGAUGGGAUGUUGGGUGAACGAUCAGACCUAA